UUAAAAACCGCCUGACGACGGCGCCGCAUAGAUUGCAACAGAGGAGAAACACCGACGCUUGGACAAAGAUGUGUGUUCGCAGUUUAAGUUUUCUUUUUACCAGCUUUCACGUCUUUCAUCAGAUAUUGAGUCUCCCAUCAAAUGAAACUGUCAACUUACCACCAGAAUCACCAGGCAAUUUGCUCCUGGGUUGUUAUGAAGAGCAAAACAGUGAGUCGAACUUACAGAGACUCGAUUCACCAACACCCUCGCCCUAUAAGUGUAUCGAGACGUGCGCGCAUGCAAAAUUUCCGCUGGCUGCAGUGCUCAAGGUCACGGAGUGUCACUGUGCAAACGACAGUGUUCUUCCAAUGAUCAUGAAGUAUCCUUGUAGCUCACCUGCCGCAGCGAGAAACUAUCUACUUUACAAUACCAGCUGCCUUUCUACAGUAUCCGUUGAACUAUAUCAGGGAUUAACGUUCACAGCAUUUCCAUCCAAGAUAACGCCAUCAAUCUCCUCUCCUGUCACUCAAUCAAGUGUGACAGCAGCACAUUCACUGUCAAAAUCACUGCUUUAUCUCAUUGAUUUUGGAGAUGGUACGAGUAACAAAACUUGGCGAGAGGGAUCAAUCCUGAGACACCAUUACAUCACUCCCGGCGAAUUCAACAUCACUUUCGUGGCUUCUCGUGGUAACUCGACAGUCUUCAUGUUGUCACGCAAGAUCCGGGUUUCCUUCCUUCGAGUAUCUAGUACCUGGUGUCCUCACGUAGAACCACUCACUGAUUUCUAUUGUAAGGCAUAUAAAUUCAGUGGAAGCGGCGUUACCGCAUUGAUGUCACUGGGCAACUUAAAUCAAACUGUAUCAAUUUCAAUCCCAGACGUGCCACGUGUAAUUUUAGGACAUACGGGACCUUCCCUGACCAACCAAUCGGAUGCCAAGAAAAGAGAAGCUGGCCUGUAUUUAUUCCCAUCUCUUCAUUUUCUAUCGAACAUAGAAGUAGAGACUUGGGAGGUACAUGCUGAGCAGCCUGGUCUCAUCCAUUUACAGAUUUACAGGGCGGCAUUGAACCUUACGGGCUGUUCAUGGUACCGACGAACUCAAUCAUCCUGUGGGAAAUGGGCCCCAACUAGCGAUCACUGCAAUACGGUGUGCAUCGAUGUACAUUACUGGCAGUAUAGAUCCAUCAUGCCUUGCGGGCAAAGACGCAGCAGUUAUAUUAAAGUGUACAGUGUGAAAGCCAAUCUUACGGUGGGUUAUAACUUGAUUGUUAUACCAAAGGAACAAAGGUUUACUGCACGGGUAGGAGACAUUGUGGGCUUCUACAGAAAUUUGUCAGGAGCUGUGCUGCGACGAAUUACCGCUGAGCAAGAUGAAAGUGUUUAUUUUAUUCCAGCGCGGAAUAUGUCUAAUGUUUCCAUACAUCUUUCAGGAGCCCAGCCUAUGAAGCUAUCUUUUGAUAUAAAAUUGCACGGCUCACUUGGCGUGGGAGUUUCGAUCGUUUUUUCAUGUUUAGAAAAGGCUGGACUCUAUCCUCUAAUAACGACUUUUACCAACGCUAUCAGCUCCCAUAGAGUGAUAACGUUCCGAUCUUCAAUUACGGUUCAAAACCCAGUGGCACCUUUGCGCCUGUUAUAUGAAGAGUUCAUUGAAGUAAAUACCACAAAAAACAUUACCGCGACGGUGGAAGAAGGCACUAAUGUAACGUGUGAAUGGUACAUUCCUAACUCAAGUUUGACGGUACAUCAGUCUCCUUAUCUUAAAAACAACAAAACCACCGAGGGAGGAGUUUUCCAGUACAUUGCUUUGUACAGCUAUCUUGGAUAUGUUUACGUAAAAGUGACUGCAUCUAAUCUUGUCUCUCAAAAGAGUGAAGAUAUCAUUCUUUCUGUGCGUCAGCCGAUAAAAGGUUUGAGAGCGAGCUUGUGUCAUGCUGCGUUUGCGUUUGAAAAAGCGGAAACGUGUUUUGUUUCCGACGCGACGCAAGGCACUGAAGUCGGAUGCACGUGGGAAUUUGGGCCAGAUGAUUACACCGCGAGGGAGAUGGGUAAAACUGUCAGUCGUGUAUUCACGUCAGAAAGCCAAACGAAUUUUACUCUGCACUGCUAUAAUAAGAUCUCACGGUCGUCUGUCCCUCACUCUAUUCAAGUUAUUCCAAAUCCAUUGUCCAUUAACGCCCCUAUGAACGUCCAAGCUGGUGUUCCCGUGAAAAUAACUUGUCAAGUGAAUUGGCCCGGGGGGAUACCAGCCUUAUUCUUUGAGCAACAGGGGGUGAAGGGGAUGAGGGGAAGUGACAUUGUGGCAGAUCCUCUGUUAACACUGAGGGCGUCUGGGUACAGCAACAGCAGCAAAGGCAAUGUGACAAUGUUUCAAAGUUUUAGCAGAGCUCUAUACAGACGACACAAAAUAACGUGCAAAUCUGUUGGUUAUCCUGACUUGAACAUUGAUCACGAAUUGAAGGCAAUUUACAGUGUAAAAGGAAUAAACAUCUCUUCGGACUGUGCUUUACAAGCCGAGAUCAGAACGAAAUGCGUAUUUUACGUUCAACUCUUUCGCGGUGAUUUUCCGGUAUUUACUUGGAAAAUCCGAGAAUCUGACAAUUAUUCAACUGUCUCUGUCUAUAAAGGAAAGAAAAUCACCCAUCGCUUUGUCAACACAGGAAUAGCAAACAUUACCGUUAACGCGAGUAAUGAUGUGUCCUUCCGCACAAAAACAGUCCAAGUCUUUGUGUAUUCAACCCACACGCACAAGGAUGUCACACUUCGUCACGCUUCUGUCGGUUUGGUUGGUCAGGCAAUCGUCUUCUCUGUAGAACAUUUUACAAAUCCUCAUCUUUUACACUUUAUGUGGAACUGGGGUGAUCGAUCAAGCUCAGAAAAAGCUGGAUCUACUUUAUCGCACACCUUUCAUCAUCCGGGACAAUACUUCAUCACAGUGAAUAUUACCUCUGCGGUUGAUAAUGUGGUGUUAGCUGGUCACGUGAGCAUCCAGCAUCGCCUUAGUGAUUUGCGUAUCAGACACUUAGCUGUGAUGUCAUCCAACCUCUUGCUUUUGGAAUUUGAAAUUCUGCAAGGAGACAACGUCACAUACUCGCUUGAAUAUGGCGAUGAUAGCGAGAAGCAAGUGGGAUUUUUACGAACGUUACCCAAUUUUGUGACAGUAACUCACCAGUACAAUGAGCGUGGCAUCUAUCGUUUGUCCGUUACAGCCAACAGUGCUGUCGGCCCUAGUAUUUCAGUGCAGCAGUCGGUUUACAUCAGUGAACUACCGUGUAUCAUACAUGAACUACGCAUGCUUGGUGCUGGAGAUAACAGCAGUCACUGUCCUGAGAUUGAACAAGAGUACGCAUAUUCACUUUACUCUUCUCUGAAAAUAAACUGCUCGAAAUACGAAGAACUAGAAUAUACGUGGAAGAUAGACAAUAUAUUGAACGAUACCGUCACCAGGGUUGUCCCGUUAUCGAAGGAAGUUCUGUCUUCGAGCGCACUCUUUCUCGAAUCGCAAUCACUCAGGAAUGGUCUUUACAAAUUUAUCCUGUCAGUAACUGCAAAGCCUCAUGGGAUAUCGAAAUCUGUAAUUGGAUUUCUACGAGUGCGCAUGCCGAAACUGCUGGCUGUCAUAGACUGUGGGAGCAAAAGAGUUAUGCCUUGGAAUCAAGACAUAAUUUUGAAUGCUUCUUCGUCACGUGACCCAAAUGAGUUGUGCGACAGCCAAGGCAGAAGUGCUUUGUCAUUUGAGUGGUUUUGUGACACCAAUCGUAAUGUCUCUUGUUUUAGUGGAUCAAUUGAUAACAGAGGGCCCGCUUUGGUGUUUCCACCGAAGCACCUUGAUCUCAAUAGAAAAUAUAGGUUUGUUGUUGUAGUAACCAAAGGAUCCAGAAAGGCUGAGGCAACACAAAGCAUAGAGGUUAUGUCGGGCAAUUUCCUUCCACUUUGCGUCAGAUGCAAGGAAAAUUGCGCACACAAGUUAGUGCCCUCCAAAGAAUUGGUCCUUGAUGGUGUUGGUUGUCAAGACGAUACGAACACAACCUGCAUUUGGGAACUUUACGGACCUCCCCCAGCAACUGGGCGGAUUUCAAAACGCUCUGUAGGUGAACAGUUAAUCAGCAUUUCUUACGCAAAACAGUUCCAGCUGGAUCCGAGAAACUUGAUUCCGAACAGGAUUUACACAAUACUCUUCAACAACGACAACAGCGGCUUCUCGGCGCAGUAUUCGGUAAUAACCGACAUGUUUCCGACUAAUGGAUCUUGUUUCGUGUCGCCUUCGGAAGGCCAAGUAAUCGAGACACAGUUUAUCAUCAGUUGCGCGGGUUGGAGGGACGAAGACAGCCCUCUUCGGUACGAGUUUUUCCUCGGAAAUCCCGAGCAAGGACCGAUGCUGCUGUACUACGGGUGGAUGCCGUAUUCCAACGGAUUGUUCCUACCCCCAGGAUCUAAGGAUAAUAAUCACAACGUGGAUCUGUUCGUGAAAAUUUCAGACGUUCUGGGAUCUUACAGAAUCGUUCCCCUUCAAGUGAAGGUGACAGGUUUUGGUGCCGAGGCUGAUUCUGUUAGCUCAAUUCUGAAAGGAAUUGUCUGCGGACCUGACUCUAUGCUGGAGAAACUUCUCAAGGUCGGAGAAUUCCAACAAGCGACACAGCUGAUGACGACCGUCGUCACGGUUUUAAACUCGGUUUCUUCUCAAGAGCUAGCCUCUGAUUCUGCCGACAUAAAUGACCGUGUGGAGGUCCGAAGUACAGUGAUCGCUAGACUUUCUCAGACGUGCUGUAGUAGUCCCCAGAGUAUCAGACAAGCUUUAGAUGGAAUCCUUCAAGCCAUUGGAGUAACCGCUGAACUAUCACCUGAAGCUCUGGAGGAUAGUGCAAUUGUUCUCUCAAACAUGGCAAAAGCAUUGGUUAUUAAAUUCAAGAGCUUCCAAGCAGCAAACGAGGCUCGGGAAAUUAUUCGAGGCUUGAGCAUCAUCUUGGAAGCGUCUGUGUCUACAAGCAAUGAAGUAAAACGCCAACAGAAUUCUGGUGAAAUCAAAGACUGGAUUGAUGAUAGCAAUGAGGCAAGAAACAAAGACCACCAAGAAAAGUGUGAACAAGCCACUAACAAGUCCCUAGAGGGUGUCAAUUAUGCUGCGCAAAAACUAUUGGACUAUCAACGCAAGGGAGAUCCUCCGAGUCACGUGUCCUCAAGCUUGAUGAAAUUGACCCUUACUCGCCAGUCUCCUAGCGACAUAAAUGACGCGGCGCUGAACGGAGGAGAGGUCACUUUUCAAAUUCCGCACGAAGUAAAGAAAGACAGACUUAGUUCUUUCAAUGCAGUCAAUACAAAGGUGAUAACCAUGUCCCAGACCCCGUUUAUUUCAAACGACGCCACUCCUAUUGAUACACCAGUGUCAACACUUGAGCUUUUGGAGACUUCUGGAAAGGAAAUCCAAAUCCGGGAUCUAACAGAGCCUGUGUCCAUAUUCCUGUCGCUAAACCAAUCACAGAUUAAAGAUCGUAACAAUAUGAAUGGUAUCAUUGAUCCUGAAGAGAACAUCACGUUCUUCAAGAUCGAUUCCGAUAACAAAAGCGCACUUUACUUUACAAUAAACUGUUCUGGGGUCACGAGCGGCUACAAACUAAUCAUUACUGGAAGGAGAAACUCGAAGCCUAGCACCGACACCUUUGACUUCCAAUGGAUUAUCACCUCGUGUAACACCACUUUAAAACGACUCAUAUCGAGAAAGUAUUUAAAUACUUCGGAGAAGCUCUACCUCGGUGUGAAAUUGAAGGCAGAAAGAAAUGAAACAAAUAUCACAGCUGUGAUAACUAAGAUACGAUAUGGCGUAUCUGUAAUGGCCAUCGGCUGUUAUUACUGGAGCGAGAAAAUGCAGGCGUGGACCACAGAUGGUUGUGAGGUUGGUUCAAUGACCACAUCAGAGCACGUUGAAUGUCGUAGUAAUCACUUAACGUGGUUUGGAAGCCGUGUUUUCGUUCCUCCCAAUAAACUUGACCUGGAUAUCAUAGCCAGCAGAAUAUCAGACCCCUCAAACUAUGCCCCAGUCCUUUCUGUGCUCUGUGUCACGUUUGGUUUGUACUUCUUGGUUGUCAUCUGGGCUCGUCGCCAGGAUCGUAAAGAUAAAAAUAAGACAGGCUUAACUUUGAGCCCGAGCAACAGACCAGGAGACACACACGCCUACGAGGUUGUCAUUUGUACUGGCAUGCGCAGACACGCUGGAACAACUGCUAACGUUGCCAUGACGUUAACAGGAGAAAAAGGCGAAAGUCAUGCAUUUCUGCUUAAGAGCAGUCACCGAGUGACGUUGGCUCGAGGUUGCAUCGAUUCGUUUCUUCUAACGACCCCAGAGACCCUCGGCGAGCUUUCGUAUAUCCGGAUGUGGCACGAUAACUUCGGUAAGGAUCCGGCUUGGUUCGUAAAGCAGAUAUCCAUACGUGAGGUUGACACUGAUGGAAUCUGGCACUUCGUAUGUGAACGUUGGCUUGCAGUAGACGAAGGUGAUGGUAUGAUUGAUAGAAUAUUUCCAGUAACAAGUAACAAGGAGUUGAAGGAGUUUCGACGUUUGUUUCUGACUAAAGCUUACAAUGACCUUACUGACUCGCACCUGUGGUUUUCGGUUGUGUGGCGGCCCGUCCAGUCCCCUUUCACACGGGUUCAGCGCGUGUCUUGCUGUCUGUCCGUUCUAUUGUGUACCAUGAUGGCCAACGCCUUGUGGUACGAGAGUGAAAGUGGCCGUUACAAUGCUGUCCAGUUCGGUCCUUUUGAAUUUUCAUGGGAGCAAGUUUCCAUUGGAAUAUGCAGCAGUCUUAUUGUGUUUCCAAUCAAUUUACUUUUGGUGCAGAUUUUCAGACACAGCCGCCCGAAGCCUACACAAAAUCAUUGCUGCUUAAGGCCAAAACCCAGACCACGAUUCUCGUCUAUUCAAACGGAAAUCACCACAGUGAAAUUUGGAUCUGGGGAAGGCUCUGCACUUUGUAUCCAUUCCGCUGGUCAAUACCAAAGUGUAAGAAAAUGCACUUCUCAGGGAUCACCAAAAUACGAAGAUAAAGGAUUUAGCCUGGAAUCUGCUCUACGUUCUGCUCAUUUUCCUGCUCUUUCAAUAUCUUUAGCAACAGAGACUCCUCCUGAUUCAACCUCUGAUUUAAGAUCUCUGCUAACAAGAUACUCUCCAUCUCGGCAGUCACCCACAAACGACCCUGAGAAGUCGUCGAAUGCACCGAUUGCGGAACACCCUUCCCAUAAGAAAGGACUGCCUUGGUGGUUUGUCUAUAUUGGAUGGUUUUUGGUUAUAUUAACCUCUCUAACUGCUGCAUCGGUAACAUUGUUGUACGGGAUCCAGUUUGGUCUCAAGAAAUCCACACAAUGGCUUCUAUCCAUGUUCUUUUCGCUCACACAAGAUAUUUUUGUAAGCCAGCCGCUCAAAGUUGUCGCUUUCGCUUUAUUUUUCGCGUAUAUCUUUAAAAAGCCCAGCAAAGUCGCAUUUUCGCCAAAAUCACAACUAAAAUUUGAUGAAGAACUGUUGCAGAGGCAGCUUCAGGGUUUGGAAGAGGACUUCGAGGAACGCACCGAGGCCCCUCCUAUCAAGGUGCCGACAGAAGACAGUAUCAGGCGUGCCCGAGACAGGGCACAAAAACAACGCAUGAUGCACGCUAUAUUGCUUGAUAUAGGGACUUUCCUCGUAUUCACAUUACUUGUUCUUCUCAUUGCCUAUGGCUUCAGAGAUCAAAGCGCUUUUCGUCAGAAUGACGCUGUCGCCAAAGUUCUACUACAACAAAAAUUUAGUGAGGAACCAGGGGGGUUUAAGCCGCAGAGAUUCGCUCAGAUCAUUCGACAGAGAGAUAUGUGGGAUUGGGCAGAGCUCGCAAUGCUUCCGACACUGUACAACUUGCCAUCGUACUUCUACACCGGAAAAGCUCCGACGUUUAUGGAAGGAGAAAGCGGAUUUGUGGUGGGUGUGGCUAGGUUGCGACAGCACAGGGCAAAGAAAGAUUCUUGUCGUGUGGUGCCCCAAGUACAAAAUUUCUUCUCAAGGUGCUCCUCACAGUAUGGAAUGACUACAGAGGAAGAACAAGCUUACACUGCUGGCUGGGGGUCACUCUCAAACAACUCUAAGACUUCGCUACCAGGUCCCUGGAGAUACAGCUCUGCCAGCGACUUAGAUGGCUACCCUUACACGGGUGGUGUAAAAACAUACUCGGGAGGGGGAUAUGUGUUGGAACUGUCUCACAUCUAUUACAAAGCCUUGCGACAGAUCAAGGAUUCCAGGGCUGCGCUCUGGUUGGACCGCCAUACACGAAGCAUAUUCAUCGAGUUUACACUCUACAACCCAAAUAGCAACUUGUUCUGUGCGGUAACGUUUCUGAUGGAGGUAUUUCCAACAGGAGGAGUUUUCCCACAUUCAGAGGUCCUUGCCUACCGCCUCUACCGUUACGUCGGUGAUUUUCAAUUGUUUAUUCUCGCCUGUGAAGUCUUUUUCUUGAUAUUUGUAAUUUACUUCACAUACCGAGAGGCUAAAAAGAUUUACAAGACAAAGGGAAGGUACUUCACAGAGGUGUGGAAUUUGAUGGACCUUGCUGUAAUGAUUCUCUGCUGGAUCGCUCUGUCGUUUUAUUUCAUCUGUCUGGGAUUGAGGAAGUGGACUUUGCAUCUUUAUCGCCAAAAUCUCACCAAGUUCAUUAGUUUCCAGUACCUUUCAGCUUGGCAGCUUAUGUUCGAAAACGUGGUUGGUGUAACUGUGUUUGUCAUUUGUCUCAAAUUUAUCAAACUGUUGAAAUUCAACCGGAGAAUAUUUCUUCUUUCCUGUACAUUGCGACAUGCAAGCAGAGAACUCUUGCAAUACUUUAUCGUGUUGAUCAUUGUCUUUCUGGCAUUUUCGCAGCUUUAUCAUUUUCUUUUUGCAAGCAACUACGACUCUUUCAGCACGCUGAUUGGCUCCAUGCAGAAACUUCUCAGCGUCCUCUUGGGACAAUUUGACUUUGAAGAAAUGAUGGGAUUGCACAAGAUUCUUUGCGCGCUGAUUUUCUUUCUCUACACCAUCUUGACCAAUUUCUUGUUUCUAAACCUUCUCAUUGCCAUCAUAAUUGAAUCUUUCGAAGUAGUAAAACGGCAAAAUGACCAAAUGCAGAACGAAUUUGAGAUGCUGGAAUUUAUCAUGAUGCACUUCAGAGACCUCUUAGGCAUACGGGCACUGAACAGAGCCACUAAGGAAUCGCAGUUCACGUUUUCUAACAAGGCCAUGAACAGACCACUGUAUGUGAGUAGGAAGAAACGUACAGAAAGGAAAGAGAGUGCUAAGCGGCUCGAGAAAGCCUUAGACAGACUGGCAUGUUACGUGAAUGUGAUCAACGAUAUCGAGAAUGAAGAUGACUUGCUUUGCUGUUACAUAUCCCGGAGAAUUCGUCAUAACUCUUUAAAAAAGGCAAAAACUGCUGAUUCUCGUUUAUGACAAUAUGCUUUUUUCUAUAAACUUGAGUUACCCCCAAUAAUUAUUAUUUCAACGGGCUGAAGAGCAAUGGAAACUCAAAACUGCCUGUUUGUGUAUGAAAACACCUACAUUUAGCGAUCUACAUCGGGCACAAUCAACUAGAAAUCUUGAUCUUGGAGUAAGAGGGUUGAGCUUAAGGUCUGGUUUGAAAUAAAAGGAACACGAUCUGGGAACUGAAUCAAACAAAACAACAAAAACAACGAAAACAAAGCCGACAAAGCUUGCUGAUUACGCAUCGUUAAGUUUUUCAAGGAUUGCCAAUGAUCAACCUGGUAGAAAAUUGCGACACUAAUGAUCAUGUGCU